CGUGUUCGUACAUCCACCCGGGAUCAUCAACUGAAAAGGAAGAAAACCACAGGCUGCCAGAAAAGUUUUUCAGCGGGGAGAGGAUCGGGCUCGAUCGGACCGAGGACAGCCUCAGAAUCGCGCUCUCAGGAUUGGACAUUAUCGUCAUAUAUUAUUAUUUAGCAUUAUGGACGCGCUUAAAUCAGCCGGGCGCGCGAUCAUUCGCAGUCCCAGUCUAGCAAAACAGUCCUGGAGCUCUGGGAAACACAAAAAGCUUCCAGAGAACUGGACAGACACGCGUGAGACACUGCUGGAGGGGAUGGUUUUUCAGCUGAAGUAUCUGGGCAUGACGCUGGUGGAGGAACCUAAAGGAGAAGAGCUCUCAGCCGCAGCUGUCAAGAGAAUCGUUGCUACAGCAAAAGCAGGUGGUAAGAAGCUUCAGAAGGUGACGCUUAAGGUUUCUCCUCGAGGGAUCAUCCUGUAUGAUGCCGUUUCAAACCAGCUGAUAGAGAAUAUAUCUAUAUACAGGAUCUCGUACUGUACGGCUGAUAAAAUGCAUGAUAAAGUUUUCGCCUACAUUGUUCAGAGUCAACGCAAUGAGACGCUGGAGUGUCAUGCGUACCUCUGCACCAAGAGGAAAGUGGCUCAGGCGGUGACGUUAACAGUGGCUCAGGCAUUUUGCGUGGCGUUUGAGUUUUGGCAGGCAGCUAAAGAAGAGAAAGAAAAGCAGGUGAAGUGCGGAUCAGAGGGAGAGCCGGCGAGCAGCUCGCAAUCAGACAGUUCAGCCAGUCUGGGCAGUGUGAAAGGAGGAGAGGUGGCCACUGGGAAUCUUUUGAACCUUGAGGCUGGAACAAAAAAGGAUCACUUAGGACAAGACAACACACACCCUGCACAGAUUCUCAGCACAGAGAACAAUAACACCGUAUGGGAACUUGAAGAUCGUCUGGACGAAGCUUUCUCAAGCCGCAGUCUGGAUAGUUUUGAAUCCAACUCAGACUCGCUCAGUCUCGCACUAACCCCCAGGUGUUGGACAUUGGGGUAAAUCCUCAGGACUACAAUGCCGAAGAGUGCUUGUCGCCUAACAACUGGGACAAAGCCGAAGCUGAGGCUGUGGACGGUGAGGACGCGUUCGGAUUCUGAGAGGCGGUUAAGAGGGGGAGGGGCGAGAGUGGAAUGAGCUGAGGGAAUCGCCGUUUGUCUCAAUAGCGGAAUCUGGUGGCUGUAGCUGGAACUGCAUCCAGCAUUAAAUUAAGAGGUUUAGCAAACCUGACGUGAUGACUUCUACAAGAGACAGUCUAAAGCAAUACAGAAAAGAUGUUUCAACACAUUUUUAAUAUGUUGAAAUUUACGUUUUCUGUUUUACAUGUAUAUCUAUGAAUACAAAAUGUAUUUAUGUAUGUAUAUGACAAUAACCUUAUAAUAUUAUUACAUUUAUUAUUUUUAUUUUGAGUGCAUUGUAGUGCUGGCUUUACGAUUCAAUGCAGUGGAAUGUCAUAAUAUAAUUCUUGAGAUUAGCACAUCUUCGGUCAAUUUACACUAAAGAUUUUAGGAGUGGGUUUGUGUUUCCUUUAGAUGCUGAGAUGGGAAAGUUUUUGUAUAAAUCAGUUGUCCGCUCUUAAAAGCAUGAAAAAAAGAGGGAGUAAAAACACAGAUUGAAUGAGUUCAAGAAACAUGAUGACAUACCAUGAUAGAAAAGAUCAAACGAAUGGCUGAAUAUUUACGAGACAAUUUUGUAUAUUAAAAAAACAAUUUUGCUAUUAAUUUUUUUUUUUUUUUUUUUGCACUCAUUUCAUUUCAGGGGCACAAUUAUACAAAAAUUAUUUUUUAGUACAGUGGUAGUACUAUGGUUUAAUGAUUGUAAUAUCAUGGUACUGUGAUACUUCAUUAAAACAGUCAUAUAACCUUAAUGGUAGUAUCCAUAAAACAUUGUUUAACUAUGCUUUUUCCAUUGUAUAUUUUUAUGGAAAUACCAGUACUUUUGUAAACGGAACUUUCUUAUAUUGCAUAAAUUCCAAAAAUAUAACUAUAAGUACAACAAUGUGUAACUUUCUCAUCAACUGAAACACUGAUUGACUGAUAUUGAACACUGCUGUUCUACUUUUGACUGUGAUUUAAUUGCUGGCCAAAGUAAUGCAAGCAGUUCUUUUGUGGUUUACAGUGAAGUUUGUCUGCUCCUGUAUUUAGCUUUUUUUUAUUCUAGUCCUUAUUAGACAUCAUAUGUCAAUGGACCUUAACUUUUUUCUCUGCUUGUCUUACUCAUUUUGUGUUCAUUGUAUUAUUUUAAAUUAAAGCUCUGU